AUUUAUAACAAGGAAGGCACACACGCGAGGGACGCGUGACGAGGACAGCGGGAGGGGGAGAGAGGGAGAGAGACAGAUCAAUCCUUACUUCAGCUGAUCGACUUUUAUCAGUGGCUCAAACCGGAGAAGAUGAUUGUUUGCGUAGCGGUGAUCGGUCAUCAGAACAAUCCACUGUAUAUUCAGAGCUUCACGGAGGCAGACGAUGCUCUCAAGCUCCACCACAUUGUCCACUGCUCCCUCGACGUAGUCGAAGAGCGAGUGAAUAAUCCAAAGAAAUCUGGCCCGACGUUGAAUGAGACAUUUCUUGGAUUGCUUUAUCCAACCGAGAAUUAUAAAGUGUAUGGCUAUUUGACUAACACAAAGGUCAAAUUCAUCUUAGUGACAACUGAUUUAGAUGUCAGAGAUGCAGACGUGAGAAAUUUUUUCCGGAGGUUCCACGCUGCUUACGUGGAUGCAGUUUCAAAUCCAUUCCAUGUACCUGGCAAAAAGAUUACAUCCAAAACUUUUGCAGAAAGGGUAAGCAACAUUGUAAAGUCAUUUGGUUUGAGCUCAGCUAGCUGAAUGCUGCUAUCCUAAAUUGACACCUUCUGUAUUUCUUUAUGAAACUUGCGAAUGUUAUUUUUCUUUUACCAAAUCCCAUUUUCUUCUUCAUCUAGGACAUGAACAGAUACUGUAUCAUUUUAGAGAAACUUAGGAUCUGAGGUUUUUCCAAGAUGAAACAAGUGAUUUAUACUGUGUUUAUAGAUGUGAUUCUUACAUUCUGUGCA